UUUCUCUUCCUGUCCGUAGACGUUGAUCAGUGAUUUUUCGUGAUAAAUGCUCAACGCUUUAUGCGGUGUGCAGAGGAUUCGUAUUCUUCGCGAGGGAUUCGGCGUAUGGUUUGAAGUUUAAUGACUGCUGGAGUGAAAGAAAAUCCAACGUUCUACGGGUGUUGGAGAAAAUAUGAAAGCUCGUGAAGAGUCUUCGGAGCAGAAUUUUCAAGCGCUGAUAUGAUCAUGGAUUUGAUUGAAUCUACUUUGAUUCGUCUUCAUGUGGAUGAAGACGGAAACGUUUCAGAUGAAGAGGAGCAAGCUGUAAAUGCUGAGCUUGGAAUUUUUGAAGACCACUUUUCGAAACCAGAUGGCUCUUACGGAAUGAACGUUAGCGAUCUAGAGCUCGCCAUUGCCGGUUGCAAGGAAAUGAUCUUCGAGACCGAAGAGAGAAGUGCCAAGCGGCUAACAUUGGUUCGGAAGCUUACGAAGUUGCGUUUUACUCUUCAGGAACUGAAGGACGAACCUCCGGUUCCACCUGGGAUUCGAAAGUACCUUGGACACCAUUUGGAACCCCAAAGACCUACAUUGACGACGCAUCACGUAUGUGACAAAUGUGUUGGAAUGAUCUGGACACUCAUACCAGGAAAUUGGUACCGGUGCAAAUUUUGCAAUUACAAAACUCAUCACGCAUGUAUUCCUCUGAUUCAGAGGAGCUGUCCAUCGGUAUCCAAAUUUCCGACGUAUUUACUUCAGAUAUGCCAAGAAAAGGGGUUGUCAGCGCAGGCGUACCGUUGUGGUGAGUGCCGUGUUCCCGUCACACUGAGCAAAUACCGAUUGUGUGAUUACAAUGGACUGUAUUAUUGCGCCAAUUGCCAUUGGAAUAAUUUAGCGGUGAUUCCUGCUCGUAUUGUGCGAAACUGGGAUUUCACGCCUCAGUUCGUUUGUCGGGCGUCCAAGCAAUUGCUGAAGAUGCUGCAGAAGCGACCUAUCCUGGCUCUCCAUGCGCUGAACCCUAUGUUGUUCUGCUAUGUCGAAGAAUUGAAUGAAUUGAAGCGUUUGCGAGAAGAAUUGCUGAUGAUGAAGAAUUACCUCCAAGCGUGUCGAGUUGCUCUGGAGACAAGACUUCUGAGAAUUUUGGACGAGCGCCUUCACUUUGUUGACCAUUGCGACAUGUACUCCGUUCAAGACUUGAUUGACCUGAAGGACGGAAGCCUGCUGACUUGGACGACUGGGGUUCAUGAUCUUUUAGCGAAACACAUAAAAGAGGAGUGUGAGGUUUGUCGUGGACAAGGGCAUCUUUGUGGACUCUGUGACGGAAAAAAUGAAAUCCUGUAUCCUUUUGACAAGACAUCGUCCGUUUGUCCGAUGUGUAGUGCUGUGUUCCACAGAGAGUGCUACAUGAAGUUCAAGGGAAACUGUGCUCGUUGUAACCGAAGGGCUUCUCGGCAAGGAAUGAUGUGAAAUUUUUACCGGCCAAACGCAGUAUUGACUGCUUUGUGAUGGUUCCUAGAUUACUGACGUCGAUUAUUUCUGUGAUAAGAGGAAACUUCUACAAAGCUAUCUGAAAUACUUUAUUUAUCGCAGAAGGGUGGUGGAUAAAAUUCGUUGCGUAUUCGAACGAGUUCCCGAGGAAAAAAAACACUGGAGGAUUUUACUUUUUUGCUCCUAUAGUCGCGAACAUAGAUAUGUGAACAAUUGCGAAUAAAAUCGCAUUUCAUCAA